AUGGUCAGAGCCCACACCUUUGGCUGGGCGAGGACGGUCCUCAACCUUCUCGUCCUAGCAUACUUGGUGGCGUUCGCUCUUGCAACCUCACCAUACGACACUGCCUUUUCCAAGGGGGGCGAGAACUACACGGCCAUUAUUGGCGGUGGCCGCGGCGUCCUCGCAGCAGCCCAGGCCACGGAGAUAGAGCGCACGUGCGGCGGCUUCGACACUUCCGACAAGGGCAACUCGAAGCAGCUCGCCGACAGCUGGCGCAGGUGGACCAGCGAGUACAGCGACGGCUGGUGCCCCGUGCCGGCCCGCACGUGUCGGCGCUUCGCGUGCUGGAACACGAGCGGGCUCUACCUCUGCAACGACAACCCCCACGCCAUCAGGGUGUUUUGCGCCGACAGCUUCGACCGGUUCGCCAAGAUUGUCGCGUACGACUGCUGCCGCGCCGACCGCUUCGUGGGCCGUGGUGGGUCGGGCCAGAUCGUCACCGACCAGGGCUACAGGGUCGUCGUCGCCUACGCAAACUGUCGGCACGGCCGCGACGACGACGUGCCCGGAACUGGUGGGGAAAACCCAAACGGAGCGUGCAGGCCCGGCACCCCUAUGGGCGGGCCGUGCGACCCUGGUUCUGAGAGGAACUGCGCGAGGCGGAAGAAGCUUUCGAGCCGGUUCGUGGGGGGCUAUUAUUGGCAGGGUGACAGCGCUUGA